AUGUCUGCCACCACGCUGACACCCUUCCUCUACCAAACGAGGACGAUUCUCAGGGCCUCCGCGGCUCUCCGAUCUCUCUCGACAUCCGCAGCCCGUCCCCAUGCCUACCCCAGAACCCGCGGCGAGCAGAGCAUCCCCUUCGAAUGGGACAGCCCGGCCAACGAACAGCCCGACAUCCCAAGCGGCCUCAACAACCCUGAAAAGUCCACCAUCACCCCGACCGAGAAGUUCAUCUUCCAAAACAUCUUUGCCGACAUUGCGAAGCGCAGCGGCCGCCAAGACCCCCACGCCGCCGCCACCCACCAGGAGGGCGAGUCUGGACCCCGCGACGCCAUCCUGAGCAAGUUCCCCCGCUCCCUCCGACGGGCGGCUCAGGCGGCCUUGGAAUUGCGCGAGGCCCCGUUCGACGACUCGUCCUCCUUUCGCACCUCCUUCGUGACGGAAGAGCAGCAUCAUGAUUCAGAUGCGGACCUCGAGGCCGAGAAGGAACAAGCCGCGAGGCUAGAGGCCGCCCACAACGAGAUCCGGACCCACGAGAUCGUUAGGCUGCAGGCCCUUCUAGACCAAUGUAACACCGAUGUCGAGGUGUGGGACGUUCUGGAACGCGACGUUUUCUCCAUGGUUGCGAAGCUUGGUAUUUCCGAGGAUAGUCAGCAGGUGCAGCCACCGCCGCAAACGGCAAAGAAGGGCAAAGGCAGACCGAAGCGGGUCGAAAAGGAGGCAGCGGCCACGACGUCUGGGCCGUCCCUCGCCAUGGAGUCCCACGGCCCCCUCUAUUCGAUGCACCUCCUCCAGGGCCUGAAGACCCUUGACCAGUCCUUCGCGCGGUCGUCCGCACUAGCCCUCGACGUCCUGCCGCGCGUCAAGGAGCUCGGCCUGGCCUCCUACGUUCUCGGCGUCUCGACGCCCUUCUACAACGAGCUGGCCUCCAUCUUUUGGUACCGCCACGGCGACACGCAGGCCGUGCUCGACGUGCUCGACGAGAUGCAGUUUGCGGGGCUGUCCUACGACAAGCAGACGCUGCGCCUGGUCGACACCAUCGAGAUGGCCCUGGCUUCCUUCCGCCGCGGCCAGCUGGGCAUCUUCUCCAAGGCCAUCGGUGCCAUGCCGGGCUACAAUCUGGACGUCAAGUCCCGCGUCGAGCGAUACGGGCGGCGCGUCCGUCGCAAUGUCAAGGAGCAGAACGACAACCAGGCGAGGUACUAG